UAUAUUGUCAAUUGUACUAAAUUUGAUGAGAAAGGUUGAGUGUGCAUAUUUAGGUUCAUUUUCCUUUCAAAACAUUUUACUAUUUUGUUUCUUUGGGAAUUUAACUUUUGAUAUUUUGGGCACGCAAUAUUACUAAGAUAUUAUGCCACCCCCAAGACCAAGGGGAGUGGGAUAUAAUACAGGAGUCACAACAUCAAGGCCCAGCCCGAAUACACCGAUGUCUGAGAGACAGCAAAUGGCACUGCUUAUUCAGAUGACGGCGAACUCGACAACAGAGGCCUCAAGAUCGCACAUCAAGAAGAAUGAACAUAAGAAAGGUGAUGACGCCGAAGAUGUUAGCUCCGCUGAAAAGCACGAUCACUCCGAGACAAGUCGCGACAAAUUAACUACUGACGAAAUAAAUUCCGAAAGCAAGAGUGAACAUGAUGGCAUUGGCAGUGCAGAUACGCCUUCCUCCAGUCAAGGUAAACGAAAUUUCUCAGAUGUGGAUGAAGACGAUUUUGAUGAUUGCGAUGAUGUGAAGAAAAAAAAACGCAAAGAAGUAGAUGUCGGAAAAGAUUCUAAACCUUCUUCAACCGCACGUUUACCAGGCAGAACAGAAAAGGCAAUUAAGCAAACUUCAGCGGCUAAAGGUUCGCCGAAUCCUAGCAAAAAUUCAAGUUCAACAGAAAAGGAUCAGUCUGACCUGGCAAAAUCUAGUUUUGCAAAGCAAUUUGAAGCCGACGCCGAGGAUGAAGAAUUCAAAAUGUCAGACUCAAUAUAUAGUGGUGGUUUAAAAGUACCGCCCUUAAAAAUUGUUAUUCCACAGCAGAACUGUUCUAUAGAUACGGACGGAAAUUUAUCACGUACCGGGAAAAUUAACACAUCGCGCAAUGCUGCCCUACCCUAUGUUGUGAGUUCGAACACAAAUGAUUCCAGCGAGCGUGAAGCACAAUGCAGCAGUCCACAUGAAAGUCCGAUAAAAAUAAAUAAUAUAUGCACUGUUAUGGACGAGAAGAAUAUGAAAUUAUUAAAUGAGGAGAAAAAUCUGCAUCGUGUGCUGCGCAGUUCGCAUCGUAGUGGUAUUACUAGUGCUGAACGGAGCUCUAACAACUCCUCACCACAAAUGCAAAGCAGCUCACCUUCGCCAGCUUCAUCCAAUGCAAACGAUGGAACUACGGAUAAUAAACUUUCCUUUACAAACGUUGGUGCAAGUCCGCUACAACAAAAUCACGCUUAUGAGAAUGAGAACAUCGUUAAUUUACCAAGUCCAUCUACUUCAUCGACAUCCUCAUCGAAGGAUGUACACUCACAUAGUGUCGAAUUGCAUCCACGCAAGCGUAAAAUACGCUCAAAACAUGAUGACAGUCAUACCAACAAAAACAAUGGCAAUCAUAAUUCCAACACAGAAGCAUCCUCAACAAUUUCAGAAUCACAUUCACAUGACUUUCCAUUUACAAAUUGUUUCCAAAUGUAUCUGAAUAUACGAAGACAGAUUGAGAAAAAGUGGCGGAAUAUGUAUCCGAUCAAACCACGACCUCCGCAAGGCUACAACGAAUAUCUACUAAACAAGAAAACCUAUCUAUUGGCCAGUAAUGAAAAGAAGGUUGAAACAAAAGCACCAAAUACGGUACCGCUAAAAAUGCAAGAAAUAUAUCAUUUGCAAGAGCAAGAACGCAAUGCAUUGCUACAGCGCCAUAUUGUAGAACGGGAAAAAUUGUGCUUGAAUGUUGAACAGGAAAUGAUUCGAGUUCAUUCGAAAGCAGCGCGUAAUAUCUCAUGCCAGCCGGUGCCAUAUUCAGUAUGCACACUUCUUAAAGAUGAAGAAGUAUAUAAUAUACCGACUUCUGAGCAGGAUGAAAAAGAUAAAAAUGCGCGAUAUCGUUUCAAUGGACGACAGCUACUGAGUUGGUUGCAAGAUGUCGAUGAUAAAUGGGAUAAAAUUAAGGAAGCUAUGGUUUUGCGUCAUCACAAUGAAGCUGAAAGCCUUCAUGCAGUACAGAUGAUGGACUGGGAUAUUGCACUAAAGAAACAUAAAUUAUGGGACUACAAAUGUGAAACUGUCACUGAUAAAAACCAUGUACCCAUAGUACAUGUCAGCGAUGACUUUGAUCUUUUACCAGCUUAAACUUAUCCAAAAUAAAGUGAUAUAAAAACA